AUGAUUCCCCAAUCAUGCCCGCUACCGUCUGCUACCUCUGAGGGUUCCUUACCCCCUCAGAAGGAGAACGACAAGCUCAAGGCCUUCAACCUGAUGUACCCAGGGCAAAUCCAGAUUUUUGUCAAAACCAUGAACGACAUGUCCAUAUCCAUUAUCCUGCACCCCACUGUCAAAGUCGUCUCCAUGAAGGGAAAGAUCGAGGAGACGCUGCACAUCCCAGCCGCCGACCAGCGUCUGCUGUACAGCGGGCAGGAGCUCGAGGACGACCGCACCCUCGAAGACUACACGCUCGAGAGCAAGAGCACUAUCGUGAUAGCUACCCACAGUGGAAAGCUGUACGCGCAGCCACUGCAGAGCACGGAGACGGAGACGAAGACGAGCACUGCAUCGUCUACGGCGGAAGUGCAGAUUUUCGUGCGCAACCUGAACGGGAAAAGCAUGGCUAUCAUGAUCUCCCCCUCAGACACGGCGAAGACUCUCAUGGAUAAGGUCCAGGAGAAGACCGGCAUUCCUCCCGAGGAGCAGCGCCUGCUCUACGGCGGGAAGCAGCUCGUACCGGAGCGCAUCCUCUCCGAUUACAAUAUUCAGAAGGAGAGCACGCUGCAUCUUGUUCUGCGUUUGCGUGGAGGUACUUCCCACGAGAGGUGGUAG